AUGCUUGGCAAGGGCAGAUUGAAGGAUGAGAUCCAGCGCCUGAAGGAUCUCUACGGAGCCGACGCAGACGAGAUUGACAGAGCCAUUAUCGACAACUGCAAGGAGAUCGGACACACAUUCCUCGAUGUCAAGAUGCUCUACGAUGAGGAAAGCCGCCUCCAGAUGAUGAAGAUCGCGACCCAAGACAAGAAGGACGAAGCACAAAAGCUGGAGGAAGCACUGGGACCGCUCCCAACGAUGGUUGACUUCGCUUGCAUGGAUCCAGAGAAGGGCCGUUACCCCAAGCAGCCAUACGUCGAGACGGCAGACGGCGAGUUUAGAAUGGAUUCCGAGUACACCCGCUUUGAGCCACCGAGCAAGAUCAAGAUGGGCAGUUCAAGCAUGACGGACAACUGGGAUCGAUACGUCCGAGCAGGCCGUGAGUGGGCCAAGUGGGAACAUACGCUUGACGACAAGGAGAAGAAGAUUUGGACGAAUUCCCGGCAACAACAAACUCGCCAAACAAAUGGGCCAUACGAGAGCGCCUGGGCCCUCUGGACGCUGCUCAAGGUUGUCUGCCGACAGAAAGAGAUGAUGGGCAAAUCUGUGGCUAUUACUGUCCAGAAGCGAUACCGCAAAGCCGACCUGACGAAGUGGCCUCUCAACGAGGAUGGACCAACAACCGACCCAGACUUUCGCCAGAUUUGGGAGGCAGAAGGCGAAACACACGGUGCCUCUCACACACCUACCAAAGAUUCGGACAAGAGUAAGAAGUCAACCCAGACGAAGAAGUCCGAGAAGAAGAAGAAGACGGGCAAGACGGAUGCCAACGCCCACCGAUCCACGGACGAUCACACGCAGUUUCUGAAUGAUUUGCGCAACACCGUCGCAGGAGCCACAGCCGAAAAGUGGCUCUUUCAGAAACUGGUCGAGGACAAUGUGCACUUGACGGACGUGAACCGCAUCCUGGCGUCAAACGUCUCUAGCAUCGAAUAG